UCCACAGCAGCUCUAUUCGUCUUCCUGCAACAGCAACCUCAGCACUUACUCACUAUGAAAUUGACCACGCUGCUUACCGGUUCCCUCUGUCUGGUGCCUGUCGUAUUGGCGGAUACGUACAAGAUUACAUAUAAUACCUUUUAUGACAACGCAGACACUUCCCUCAACGACACCGCCUGCUCUAACGGUGCAAAUGGCCUCAUCACUAGGGGGUACACCACGCUGGGAUCCCUGCCCAUUUUCCCUUAUAUCGGAGGGUCCUUCGCGGUUCCGCACUGGAACUCCACUGGUUGCGGAACAUGCUGGCACCUGAGCUACAACGGAAUCAGCAUCGACGUCACUGCUGUCGACACGGCGGGGGUGGGCUUCGACAUAUCACUCGACGCUUUCAAUUUCUUCACACAAGGGCAAGGUGAAGCGGCCGGCUUCGUCUUCGCCAAUGCCACUCAGGUGGAUGCAUCGCUUUGCGGUUUAUAAUUUGGACUGUAUCAUUCGAGGUCCGAGGAUGAGCAAGUUGCCAAGUGAUAUGUCUGUGUGGCGAGCUGGACUGGACUUUGGACUAUGGGAAUGUAGGAAUAGUAAAACAGCACUUCAUCG